AUGGAUGAAGGUAUAGAGAUCUCCAGUGAUGGAAAUUCCCUGAUCAAAGCAGUCCAUCAGAGCAGGCUUCGCCUCACGAGACUCUUGCUAGAAGGUGGCGCCUACAUUAAUGAGAGCAAUGACCGUGGGGAAACGCCUUUAAUGAUCGCUUGUAAAACCAAACAUGUUGAUCACCAAAGUGUCAGUAAAGCCAAAAUGGUGAAAUACCUGUUAGAAAACAAGGCUGAUCCUAACAUACAGGACAAAUCUGGGAAAACUGCUUUGAUGCACGCUUGCUUAGAAAAAGCUGGUCCUGAAGUUGUUUCCUUGCUUCUAAAGAGUGGGGCUGACCUCACCUUGCAAGACCAUUCUGGUUACUCCGCGCUUGUUUAUGCUAUAAAUUCAGAAGAUAGAGAGACCCUGAAAGUUCUACUUAGUGCUUGCAAAGCGAAAGGGAAAGAAGUCAUUAUCAUAACAACAGCGAAAUCAGCAUCUGGGAGGCACACUACCAAACAGUACUUGAAUAUGCCUCCUGUGGAUAUAGAUGGGAGUCAUUCCCUAGCCACCUGUGCCACUCCUUCAGAAAUAGACAUAACCACAGCCUCAUCACCACUUCCACAUUCUUCUGAAACAGAAAUGACUCCUUUUGUCUUUAAAGAUCUGCAGUCCUCAGGAAGCAGUGAUGACAUACGGGAACCAGGCUCCCCUGUGUGGAAGCCUAUUAUGGCGUCUAAUGGGCCCAAGCUGCCCCAAGCUCCGCCCUGGAUCAAGAGUACCCCCUCAUUAAUGCACCAGAACAGAGUGGCCUCCUUGCAAGAGGAGCUUCAGGAUAUUACUCCUGAGGAAGAAUUAUCCUACAAAACCAAUGGGCUGGCACUGUCCAAGCGAUUCAUCACAAGGCACCAAAGCAUUGAUAUAAAAGACACAGCACAUUUGUUAAGAGCGUUUGAUCAGGCUGGCUCAAGAAAGAUGUCAUAUGAUGAAAUAAAUUAUCAGUCCUUAUUUUCAGAAGGAAAUCAGCAGGGUGUUGAGAUCCCAAAUGACCAGGACCCGGAUACUAACCAGACAAUAUUUGCUUCCACUUUAAGAAGUAUAGUUCAAAAAAGAAACUCAGGGGCAAAUCACUAUAGCUCUGAUUCUCAGCUCUCAGCUGGUCUUACCCCUACAACUUUGGAAGAGAGCAAAGCACUUAUAGGAAAGAAAAAGAUCCUCUCGCCAUCUCCUUCUUUGUUGUCAGGGCCCAAAGAAUUGUUGGAGACUAUCCCCCCAGGCCCCUUGAGCAGAAGAAAUCAUGCAGUUUUAGAAAGACGUGGUUCAGGAGUUUUCCCUUUAGAUCACAAUAUUAUGCAAACUAGACAAGGGUUUCUGCCACCCUUAAAUGUAAAUCCUCACCCUCCCAUCUCAGAUAUCAAUGUCAACAACAAGAUUUCCAAUCUUCUUUCUUGUGGUCAGAAAGUGCUUAUGCCGACAGUUCCUAUUUGCCCUAAAGAAUUCAAAAGUAAAAAAAUGUUGUUAAGGAGACAGUCAUUACAAACUGAACAAAUUAAGCAAUUGGUAAAUUUUUAAGAG